UGAAUUUAUUUAUUUAUUAUUUAUUUUUUUUUUUUCGUUAAUUUUUAAAUAAGCAUGGUGGAGAAAAAUGACCAGAAAGAAUUUGCAAAAUCAUUAGAUACGUUCUCUCGAGACUUUUACGAUAAGCUGGUUCAUUCUUCACCCGAUAAAAAUCUAAUAUGUUCCCCACUUUCGGUACAAAUCUGCGGUGGAAUGCUGCGCAUGGGCGUAAAGGAUGAUAGCGAAACUAGCCGUCAGCUGGACGCCGGACUCAAAUUCAGCUCGACCGAUGUCAAUGAGUUGGCUGAUGGCUUUCAUAAUGCACUCAAGUAUUACCAGCAUUACAAUGUGUUGCGAAUGGCCAACAAAGUGUACAUUAUGGACAGUUAUAACUUACUCCAGAGCUUCAGCGAAGUGUUGACCCAAAAGUUUCUUUCAACUCCGGAGCAUAUAGAUUUCAGAAAUGCAAAAAAAUCGGCUGAUACUAUCAAUGGUUGGGUUGAGGCGCAGACAAAUAACCUUUUGAAAGACCUAGUCAGUUCAGAUUCUUUUAGCUCAGAAACUCGUCUCGUGCUGAUCAAUGCGCUUUACUUCAAGGGGGAAUGGAACAGUAAAUUUAAUGAGAAAAAUACUGUGAGCGAAGAUUUUUUUGUGGAUGCGAAAAAUAAUUCUCAAGUAUCUAUGAUGAACACAACUCAUGAUUACCCCUACGCCGAACUCUCAAAUUUAGAUGCAAAAGUCUUGCGGAUGACCUACAAGGAUACUGAAUUAUCCAUGCUAAUCAUACUGCCCAACAAAAAAGAUGGAUUACAGGAUCUUGAGAAGGAUCUAAAAUCAACAACACUGGAGAGUAUAAUAUCUGAAUUGGAGCAAGUGAAAGUAUCUGUCAAGCUGCCCAAAUUUAAAACUGAAUUCGCUAUGGAAUUAACACCUGUCUUCAAGUCCCUGGGCAUGGACAAAAUAUUCACCAGUCCAGAAUUUGACCUAAUGCUGGAAGAAGAACAGCCGCUGACAGUGUCCCACAUUAUUCACAAGGCAUUCAUCGAGGUUAACGAAGAGGGUACUGAAGCUGCAGCUGCUACUUCUAUGCAAGUCAGUUUGAGAAGUAUGCCAGGUCCACCGAGGCCCAAAACAUUUCAUGCCGAUCAUCCAUUUUUCUAUAUUAUUUAUGAUGAUGUCUAUGGUUGUCUAUUCGUGGGAAAUCUUAAACUUACAUCUUCGGAUUCAAUAAAUACUUUAGAGACAUGCGAAAAUUGUAAGUCAGCUUGUCCAAGAAAACGUGCAACAAAAUAAAACUUAUUUACACAUUGAUUAGAGAAAAUAUAUGAAAGAAAUUUAUUAUAAA